AAAUAUCUGAAAAGUACACGAAACCAGAAAUGGAUCGUAUUUGCACAAGUAUCUGAGUAUCGACUAAAUAGUAAAUUUGAGGCGCUAACAAACACUGUUGAUCACCAGACCUUGGUGAUGGCAACUUUAACUGUGGAAGAGUGCGAGCUGCUGGCAGACUCCAAGUAUCGCGCCUAUGUCUCACAGACAGAAAAGGCGCUCAAAAGUUUUGAAUAUACCAGCGAAUGGGCUGAUCUUAUUUCAGCUCUACAAAAGUUGAACAAGGUCCUGUUGGCUCACAUGAAGUACCCAGUCUUACCAAAACGUGUGACGAUCGGCAAACGUCUAGCUCAAUGUCUUCACCCUGCUUUACCCAGUGGCGUACACCUGAAAGCUCUUGAGACCUAUGACAUCAUCUUCAAAUGCAUUGGCACAUCACGUCUAGCUCAGGACAUGUUCACAUACAGUGCUGGGCUGUUCCCACUACUAGGGUUCUCUGCGAUGAAUGUGAGACCAAUGCUGUUAUCCAUAUAUGAGAAUCAUUUUGUUGCGCUGGGAAAGUAUAUCAAACCUGGGCUGACUGGAUUACUGUUGGGCUUACUACCAGGUCUAGAGGAAGGUUCUGAGCAUUAUGAUAGGACAAAUGCAUUGUUAGAGGAAUUCUGUGAAGCAGCUGAUCCUAUAUUCUUCUAUGGGUGCCUGUGGGAAUGUGUGUUGACGUGUCCAAGUAUUCGUCUACCUGCCGCCACUUACGCUCUCAGCCACUUUAACAGGCGACAUACUAUGGAGGAUCAGCUCUACUUCAUUGGCACCAAUAUAGAUCUAAUGGUACAGGCAAUGUGUGCUGGGGUGCAAGACUCUAGUGUUUUGGUGCAACGAAGCAUGCUGGACUUUCUCCUCCUUUGUUUCCCAAUGUACAAUAAUCAGCUCACCAGACCUGACAUGCUGAAAAUCACCAAGGCAACCAUUAAUGUUGUACUCAGACGUGAUAUGUCCCUGAAUCGGAGAUUAUAUGCUUGGGUGCUAGGAACAGAUGCCAACGGAGUGCCUUUGAGUAAUGUCCCUGUGCCUAUGGU